CCCUUCCUCCUCCUCCUCCUCCUCCUCCCCUCCCCUCCCUGCAAUGGCUGUCGCGGAGAUCAGCAGCAGCCUCAAGCCGCGCAUCGACUUCUCACUAUACGGAGGGGCCGAGUCCGCCGGGCCUCUCGCACCCAAGUCAAAGUCGAGCGGAGGACCAAAAAUCAAUGCCCCAAGUGCGAGGCGCACCGUUGUCGAGGCUGGCGAGUUCCCAGAGGGCAUGAUAGCGCGGAAAGAGGAGGACCCGAGCGACUUUUUGUGGUUGUUGACUGAGGAGCCGCAUAGGAGCAGGAGGAAGCAGAUCCUGAAGGAUCAUCCGGAGGUGACCAAACUUAUGGGACACGAACCACUCACCAAGUGGAUCGUACUGGGCGUGGUUGUUCUGCAGCUCGCGGCCGCCUACUUGUUGCGGCAUACCCACCCAUUCUCUCCCGUAUUCCUGCUCACUGCAUAUGCCAUCGGCGGAACAGCGAACCACAAUCUCUUCCUGGCGAUCCAUGAGAUCACGCACAACCUGGCGUUCAAAGGGAUCAAGGCGAACAAGUUGUUAGCUAUAUUUGCCAACCUGCCGAUCGGGAUCCCGUACAGUGUUAUGUUCAAGAGAUACCAUAUCGAGCAUCAUAAAUACCUCGGAGAAGACGGGAUCGACACUGACCUGCCCUCACGGCUGGAGAUGCUCUGCAUGAACAACGUCGCAGGCAAGGCGUUCUUCUGCACCUUCCAAAUCCUCUUCUACGCCCUCCGCCCCGGGUUCAUCCGCGCGCAAACCCUCACCCCCUGGCAUUUCCUCAACUUUGCCGUCCAGCUCGCCUUUGACUUCCUGCUCUACCUCGCCGCAGGGCCAAAGGCGAUCAUCUACCUGAUCAUGAGCAGCUUCUUCGCAGGCAGCCUGCAUCCCUGUGCUGGGCACUUCAUCGCGGAGCAUUAUGUAUGGGAUGGGCUGAACCAGGAGACGUAUAGCUAUUAUGGGCCACUCAACGUGCUGGCGUACAAUGUCGGAUACCAUAACGAGCACCACGACUUCCCCUCCGUUGCGUGGACGCGUCUUCCGGCUCUGAAAGCGCUCGCACCGGAGUAUUAUGAUACCCUCCCCUCGCACCCCUCGUGGCCGAUGGUCACGUUCAACUUUAUAUUCGACAAGAACGUCGGUAUGUGGAGCAGGGUCAAGCGGCUCCCUACGGGUGCGAGGACACCCGACGUAGGCGGUCUACCGCCCAAAGGCGGGCAGACGCCGAUCGUAGGCACGCCGAUGGAGGAAAAGCAGCUGUAGAGCGAUGGCUGCGUGAACGGACUCUUGAUUUAAUUCUGAGAGGAUGUAGAGUAGAAUUCACGGGGUGCUUGUAGACUGGGCACUGGUGUAUAUACAUUCUCUGGGUGAAAUGAUCAAGGACUCCUC